AAGUAAAGCCAAAUAUAAAAGCACGAGCUCAAAGUUACUGGCUGCACCAUGUAAAAGAGGCUUUUGCGAUAAAUGCACGUAUUGUAGACAGCCAUUUGUAAAUCCAUACAUUUGAUCUCACAAAUUAGUUGUGAAAGCCGUGUGCAAAUAUCAUGUCGUCAACUGGAGAGACUUUACUACGGGCGGUGGAGACUCCGCUCUUCUGGAUUGGCGCGUUGACUGCGGCCUAUUUCUCAGUGUGCUCCGUAUGUCGUUUGCUGUCAGGGCUCAGAGUUUGGGUGCUGGGGAAUGGACGGGUGGUAUCACCUGCUAAACUCGGAAAAUGGGCAGUUGUGACAGGAGCCACGGAUGGCAUCGGGAAAGCCUAUGCGGAGGAGCUGGCUCGGAGGGGGUUUUCCAUUGUGCUAAUCAGCCGCACCCAGGAGAAACUGGAUGAGGUGGCCAAGUCCAUCGCACCUUUUUUAUGUUCCAGUAACAGCGUCUUACAUGCGUCUUCCCUCCUAGAGAGCAAAUAUGGGGUUGAGACCAAAUCCAUCGCUGCAGACUUCAGUGCGACGGACAUAUAUCCCAAGAUUGAAGCUGGACUUACCGGACUGGAGGUUGGUGUUCUGGUAAAUAAUGUGGGAAUGUCCUACUCCUAUCCGGAAUUCUUCCUCAACGUUCCCAACCUGGAUAGUUUCAUCAACACAAUGGUGAACAUCAACAUCACGUCUGUUUGCCAGAUGACCCGUAUGGUGCUACCUGGGAUGGUAGAGAGGAGAAAGGGGGCCAUCCUCAACAUCUCUUCUGCCAGUGGGAUGUACCCUUGUCCCCUCCUCACGGUCUACUCUGCCUCGAAGGCUUUUGUGGACUUCUUCUCCCGAGGGCUGGAGGCUGAGUACAGGAGCAAAGGGAUCCUCAUCCAGAGUGUCCUGCCGUUCUUCGUGGCCACCAAGCUGAGUAAGAUCCGGCGGGCCACACUGGACAAGCCCAACCCUGACCGCUAUGUGGCCGCAGAGCUCAACACGGUGGGGCUGCAGAGCCAGACCAACGGCUACCUGCCUCACGCAGUCAUGGGCUGGCUGACCACCGUGCUGUGCCCUGCCAGGCUCCUGAACAGCUACAUCAUGGGUUUACACCUGGGGAUGCGCUCACGCUAUCUGAAGAAACAGAAGCAGGGAUAGAGAUACUAUCAGGGCAAAGGAGGUGUGGAGAGAAAGGAGACCAACAGGAAUCCACCUGCUCCGUUCUUGCAUACCCCUCACGGACCAAGGACAGGGCUGGAAAACUGCUAGUGUGUGUUCAAGUUAGUCUACGGUGUUCUCUGGCUUGGGUAAUCAUUUCUAUGGAGGGACUUCCUGGAGUUGAAACAUUGACCAGGCACUUAAACAUAAUGCACUAAGUUAAAUUAAACAGUUAAAAAUGUUAUUGUUGACAGGUAUUAGGAGCUGCACUUGUGAACUACCACUUCAAUAAACAAUACUAGUUGCAACUUAUUCCUUCAAAAUGUUUUAUUGUUGGAGUUGUGUUGAACUCAGAAAAACCAAAUAUGGAAAGAAAUGGAUUUGAGUCAUUCUGAAACUCUCAAAGGGCAGGAAAAUAAAUGUUCUCCCUGGAUUGCUUUACAAUGAAAAGGUUGUGUGCAAAUCAUGUAUUAAUGAACCUACAAAAGGGAGGAUAAGGAGACCGAGUUAACGGGUACUGUUCCUUUUUGAAUACUGGAGGAUUGAUGUCCAGUUUAGAAGGUUGUGUGUCUGCUAGCAUGUCAGUAUGGUAGGUAACACACCAGAAACUAGGGAAUGGGUUGAGUUAGCCCGCUCUCGUUUGAACUGACUGACUGGUCUUCAAUACAGAAGGGACACAACUUACAAGCCAUUCUCUGGUCAUCAAGGCAGUGUCUCAACAACAAAAAGUAGAUACAAGCUGUUUAACAGUUCAGGCCAUUUACUGUUGAACCAAAUGUCUUGUCCAACUGUUUUGUUCUCGUUACUUUCUAUCAAGCAGUCAGUGGUCCGUUAACAGAUUUCUUAACAUGCUUCACACGCUGUGUGUUUUUUGAACUCUAAGCAUUUGGUUGUACAGCGUAAUGCCACUGUCAUCUUACUUCAUGAGCUCACCAAGGUGACUCAUUUAAUAUUGUCUUCUGUUUGGUUGUUAAUGAAAGCUUCGCAUUUGAUUGUUUUAGAUGCAUUUAAGUUACAAGGUCUUUAACAUUGUACGGUUUGGUCGAGAGCUUGUGUAUAUUCCCAGUUUGUAAUGCUCGCCUCAAUAAAACACUGUUCAACCAUCUAUCUGGUAUAUUCCCAGUCUGUCAUGCUCGUCUCAAUAAAACACUGUUCAACCAUC